UCCAGAAAAAAAAGACUGUUUCAUCUCUUCUCUUCUCUUCGUCAAAAUGGCGGACGAAGGAAAUUCAAGCUCUUGUGUUGCCACAUUUGACAAACUGAUUUGUGAAGAGGACUCCGACACAGAUGAGAACCCUCUCUACUCAAGCCAAGACAAACAGCAAGUGUCCAUGUCCAUGCAGAGGCAUGAAUCCAGUCAGAAUCCUUACAGGCUGCUCACAGUGAUCCUGGCAGUGAUGGCUGUCAUUCUUCUGGCCAUUAACAUUGGCCUGGGAGUCUAUUACAACCAACUCACUGGUGGGCAGCAAACAAUAAAAGACAUCCAAAGUGAGGUGGCCAAACUGCAGGCUGGCUACAAUGCUGCGAUCCUCAAACGGAUUGAUGCCAAGAAGCAGCUGGACAGAGAACUGGGUGAGCAGCAGCGACUCCAGUGGGAGCUUGAACAUCAGACCAGAAGAUCCAAAGACUAUGAGAAUCAGAUUCACAGAAUUGAAGAUGAAAUCUCAGAGUUGAAAUCCCUCAUACCACUACUCAGCAUAAGUUGCAGACACUGUAACCCCGGAUGGAUGUUCCUGCACCUUAGAUGUUACUACUUUCCUUUCUCUGUAAGCCUUAAACAAAGAUCGUGGAAUGACGCCAGACAGUUCUGCCAGAAGUUGGGAGGCGACUUGGCAGUGAUAGACACCCCAGAAAAAACCGUGUCUAUAACUAAACGGAUAAAAAGUCAUAAUGAUCCCUCAAGAUCAAUAUAUCAGAAUGGCUUCUGGAUCGGACUGACUGAUGUGGAGGAGGAAAACAUUUGGAAAUGGCCGGAUGGAAGAAUUCUGACUGAGUCAUACUGGAACGACGGCGAGCCCAACAAUAAUAACGAUGAGGAUUGUGGAGCUACGUAUCCCAAGGACAACCCCUUUAAGGCCUGGAACGAUGCUCCAUGCAAUUACCACCUAAAAUGGAUUUGUGAAAUGGAACCACAUGACAUGAUUUAAUGUUACUUUUUUCAAGGUUCAAUUUAAGUGUAAUUGUUUGAAAGAACAACUAACUGCACCUUAAAGACCUUCACACAUUUUCCAAAUUUUUUCCUUUUAUCGUCACAUAAAUAUUUUGUUGAGAAUACAAAAAAGCAAGAACGGUUUUGAAAUACACACCUGAGAUAAGAAAUGAACUAUAAAAUAUAAGUUACUUAUUUUACUGUAAGAAAUAAGAUCUUAACAUUGUCUAUGUACACGUGUGUUACCACUAUACAGAUCUGGGCACAAGUUUAAAUGUUUAUCAGGACAAUAUCCUCCCACAUGUCAUAUGAUGUUUGAUAUUAUUAAAUAUAGUUCUUGCAGGCGGCAUGUGGAGAGUUAUCUAACAGUAAGUUGUUAAAUUAAUCUUGAAAUGCCACAGACAUGAUGAAAACCACAUAGGCUAGAUCCAAACUAACAUGUUUUUGUUUUAAUUUCAAUCCACAGCAGCAUUUUAGCUCCGUAUCAGUAAUAAUCUCCAAUCAUACUAACACACUUAAAACACACACUUGUGACCAUUCAGUGAUGGACAGGAUUUAUUUUCUCGGACUGAUGAUGAUGAGUUGGAACUGUUACUGAACGUGAGUGUUUUGUAACGUUUUGUCUUCACCACUGGUAGUUGAUUUGUAUCAUCAUUUCUAAGUGUCUACAUUUUUGCCCGUCUGUACUGCAAUGUAUAGGUCACCAGUGUACCACAUACAGAGACAAACAACCAUUGACUCCCUUAUGACAAAGAAAUGUAAAAGAGACUUGAUAUUUGACAUCUAUAUGAUAUAAAGAGUGUCACGAUAAAAAUAAAGCCGAAUAAAUAGAAUUUGAAUUUAAAAAAUAAGAUAUAAAAUGUAAAAAUGAAUGUUCAUAUUUUCUGCAUGGUUAAUUCUGUUAAAUUGUAUUUUUACCAAACAGUGAUACCAAUGUGCUGCUGAUAUGCUCAAAUCAGAUUUUAUUGGACACACGAUAAAUGGGUGUUCCUAUUGUGUCGGGGUGAUUUUUUGAUAUCUUUAAUAUUGUGCAUGAGAAACUUAAAGGAAUUUGAGUGCAUUAGAUUAGGGUGGUUUAUUGUUUUGUGCUGGGAGUUACCAUCCUGUCUCUGGCAUUGGGAUGAGAUGAACCUUGAGACAGAAGUUUUCUCAUUUGCUUGUUGGCAGAAACAUUGGACCAAGAAUCUUCUCUGUCAACAGAUCUGUGUUGUAAUAAACUCAUAUAUUCAAGUGAGAA